AUGUCUUCUCACUUCCCACACCUGCCCUGCAUCAGCCAAACAACACUGAGUACCUCCACAGACCCCCGAAAAAGAGGUCGUGGCCGUCCACGCGUGCACGAAAGAGAUGAGAACGACAAGACCAUUAUCCUGCUGAACCCGGAUGGUUCACGCGUGGUUCCUGUUCAGAAAUACAACAAAGUGAAGAAAGCCUCCAAGGCUGGAGGUAGUCAAAAAGCUGACGCCGACACCGACGACGAGACCUCUGCGCCCACGCCCAAGCCCAAGAAGCGCAAGGCUAUGGACGAGGCUGGAUGCAGCCAGCCAUCAAAGGCCAAGAAAUUCAAGAAGGGCAAGAAGGUGGAGGAGUAUGCGGAGGAUGAGGUGUCGGCAACGCCUAGAGGUAGUCAGGUCUGCGUCGCCUCGUUGUUGGCGGAGCAGAGAGUGCACCGCGACCUACUUAAAAGUGCCGUUCAGUAUGAGCAGAGCCUGGAGGAAGUGAGUGGGGUGAAGAAGAGGAGGAAGGAUGAGGAGGCACUGGCGUACGAGACACCGUUUUCGCCGUUGUUCACAGAGAGGAACUUCACCGUUAUGCCGUUGGAGCCCUUGUAUACCUCCCAGCCAGUGCUUGAUGGUCCGAGUCGACCUAGGACUAUCACCUCAUUUAUCACCGGCAAGCCAAUGACCAUGUGGUCGAUGGGCACGCGUUGGGCUGGCUGUAAGCUUGAGAAUUGUUUGCCGGUGCACGAUGGUCCGCGAUUGGGUGAGUCUCCUGAGCUCGAAGAGGUAUUUUUCCAUUUUGGGAUUUAG